AUGGCUUCAACACCGGGCGGCGACACGCAGCUGCCGAGCAUCGCCUUCAGCCGAGAGCCCGUCGCCGGCAAGGCCAUCGCACCGAAUGGCUCAACCAUCGGGCUCGACGCCAAGACACCCGGCCAUGUCCCCGCGAGCGAUGCCAAAACUCCACCGCCCGCCCCGCCGCAAGCUUCCGACUCCCUCGGCACCAGGGCCCUCCAGUUCAUCUCGACCGCGACCCCGGCCACGCUGGCGGGGAUCGCCGUCGCCUUCUCCGCCAUAAUCUACGCCAUACUGGGGAGGCUGGGUCUGCUGCUCAUCGGCGCGCUGGGAGGCGUGACCGCCUUCGCAACCCUCGAGGCGAGGAACCCAGAGAUUGCGAGGGCGGUGCGAGGCGAAAAGGGCCCCGACGUCUUGGACAGGGUCUGGCUCGACCUGCGGACGGCUCAGACCCGGGACGGAGACGGCGCAAACCAAGACCAAGAUACCGUCAAGGCCUUCGAUGACUUUGGUCCCGAGACGCGCGAGGCCCUCGGAGGCCUGGUCGAUGCCGUGAUCCGAGACUACGUCAAGUGGUGGUACAGCCCAAUCGUGCCGACGGAUCGUUCCUUUCCCCUUGCCUGCCGCAAGACGCUCAACGCCUAUCUCCUCGCCAUCUCGAACCGCAUGUCCCGCAAGCGUCCCGCCGAUGCCUUCUUGGACCUGCUGACCAACUGCUCGUCCAUCAUCAUCGUCUUCAUGUCGGAGCUCGCCGCCGCCUACGCAGACCUGCCGCCCGAAACAAACAUGACGGCCGCCGACGCCGUUUAUAACUACCUAGCCUCGCAUCCCGAUUCGCGCCUGGCCAAUCUCCUCAACCAGAGGCAGCAGGCCGCCAAGUUCAAGACCGUCGCAGAGGAUCUGCUCAGCUUCCUCGACCGGAGCGCGCAAAACUGCGACCCUGCCCGCGUCUUCCUGCGCGAGAUCCUGGCAAACUCGGUCCUCGAGACCACGCUGCAGACCUGCAGCAAGGCCGAGUGGAUCAACGGAUGGAUCGUGUACCUGCUCGAGGCCGGAGAGCCGGACCUGAAUCAGGCCAUCGACGUCGGAAUGCAGACUGGCCGUGACACCAGCGAUCACAACGUGUUCGCCGACUUGGAUGGAAACGUCGGUAACAUUGGCAUUGCCAAACCAGGUCGCUCCAGCACGGAGCCCGAGCGCAGCCGACGCAAGGAGUCCAUGGGCCACAAGAAGAAGCUGAGCAAGGCCGACGAGAAGCUAGAGGAGGCGGCGGCAGAGUUGGGGCUGGACCGGUUACCUACGCCGGACGAGGCACACCGGACGGGACAGUCCGCCAUCUUCGGCUCUUCGCCGCCAGGGCAGAGCAAAGAGAGCCUGCCCGAGCUCGAUGUGUCGAGUAAACUCGGUUCGAGCGUCGCUGAAAAGUCGCCCGCUACAAUGGCCUCUGUCGGCAAGACUCCACGAGGCCCAAGGCCGGACGAGUUCUCGACCAGAAGUGAAGCCGAUAACCCGCCGCUGACGCCGCGAUCGAUCAAGGCUUCCUCUAGCGAAGGGUCGUCCUCGCCGAGAAUCAGCGAACAACAAUUCACCAGCUUUGAUCAGAUCGUGUCCCCGGCCCAGGAUGACGCCGGAGAGAACGAAGCGCCCAAGAAGGCCCCCCUGACCCUCCAUAACGCCUCCUUUACCCUGCACGACGACUCGACCGGGGACAGCAGCAAAAUCCGCAGCAAGCCGACCUGGGAUUAUCUGAUUCAGGUGGAACCGUCGUCGGCGGCGUAUCCCGGAUGGAUGAUUGUGCGGAGGUACUCCGACUUUGAGACGCUGCACGAGAUUCUGCGGCGCAUCGCGACCAUCUCGGGCGCUACGGCGUUUACGGAGCUGCACAAGGAGCUGCCAGGCUGGAAGAUCCACACGAGGGAAUCUCUGCGCGGCGAGCUGGAGCGGUACCUGAGGGACGCGUGCUGGUACCAGACCCUGGCCGAGAGCGAGGGCAUGAAGCGGUUCUUGGAAAAGUCCCAGGGGCACACGCAUGGCAGCUCCAAGUCAUUCGGGUGGGAUUCCGUCGGCAAAAACAUGCUCGACGUGCUCAACAUGGGGCCAAAGGGAGCCGUGGAGGGCGGCAAGAACCUGGUCGGCGGCGUGAGCGGCGUCUUCAACAACUUUCCCAGCCUGAGCAGGAAGUCGACCAACCAGUCCAUCGACCUGACCGCGAACUCCAGCCGCCUCUCCAUAUCCGGGCACUCGCCGGCGACGACGGCCAAGUCCCCAGCCCGGUCGGAGCGCGCGAGCAUGGACAGCCAGCGGUCAUCCGUCAUCUCGACGCAGCCGGGCAAGAUGGCGCCGAUGGACCGGCGGCCGAGCCAUCCGUCCCCGGGCGACGGCGACGGCGACGGCGGGAGGGUCGGUCGGGCGGACCGAACCGAGUCGUGGUCGGGCCCGGCCAGCACGCGACCUAGCAGGGAGCACAGCCGGACAUCGAGCCUCGCGCCGCUGCACUCGCCCUCCACGGCCAGCCUGGAAUUCAUGAAGCUGCCUCCGCCGCCCGACGAGAUGGGAGACGACUACGAGGCGUCGGUCAACGGCGAGGAGACCGGGACGAGGGCCGACGAGGGCGCGACGACGCACGCCACCCCGCGCAGCAGCAUGCAGGGCGUCACGUCCCCCGCCGCAGCGGUGCCGGCGACCAACGGCGGAGCCAAGAAGGCUUCCGCCGCGAAGCCGGGCAAGCAGUACUCGCAGAUGUCGGAGCACGAGACGCGGGUGGCGGUGGAGCUCCUGUUCGCCGUCAUCAACGAAAUGUACACGCUGUCGUCGGCGUGGAACAUCCGGCGGACGCUGCUGACGGCGGCCAAGUCGUUCCUGCUGCGACCGGGCAACCCGUCGCUGCUGACGGUGCAGUCGCUGAUCCAGACGUCGGUGCUCGACGCAAACACGUCGGACGCGGGCAUCGCGGCGUCGCUGCGCACGCUGCGCGAGAACACGGUGCCGACCGAGGCGGAGCGCGCGGGGUGGCCGGCCGAGGCGUCGGCCGACGAGAAGGACCGGCUGGCGGUCAAGGCGCGGCGGCUGCUCAUCCAGAGCGGCGUGCCCGCGGCGCUCAUGGGCGUCAUGGGCCAGGCGGCGACGGGGGACGCGCUGGGCAGGGUGUUUGACUGUUUGCAGAUUGAAGAGGUGGCGCGGGGGUUGGUUUUUGGGCUGAUUCUGCAGGCCGUCAGGAUUGUGACGCAUUGA